AUGAGUUUUGACCAUAACUGUAACACUGACUGGAUCUUGGAACGAGGGCCAAACCUGACAGAAGAGAGGCAGAGAAAUCUCACUUUGCCAGUGAACGAGGAUGGAAAAUAUGAAAGCUGCAAAAUGUUCACACCUGCGGAUUUGGAUUUGGAAACCAUCGAAGUUUAUGGGAUUAACACAACAACAGGGUGCACUGAUGGAUGGGACUAUCAGGUGCACAAAGGGGCUUCUAGCAUUGUGACUGAGGUAAGCAAAAUUGACGGUUCUUUCAAGAAUUUUGCAUGAACAGUUCUUGUUACUGUGUGAGUAAUUCUUCCGACCACACUGUCAAAUUACUCUCUGACCCUCAGUUUGAUCUGGUUUGUGACCAAAGUGGUCUGAUUGAGGCAUCACAGUCUAUUUACAUGGCAGGUUAUCUGGUUGGAGCUCUGAUCUAUGGCACCAUAUCUGACAGGUGAGUAACAGUCACACCUCAUGUCUAAAGGGAUAGUUUACACUGAUCAGUCUUGGUUUUACAGUGCCUGUUAGGACAAUAUCCUUUGGGCAUAUGCUAACAAAAGAAAAGGUUUUUCCACGGCGUAAGAAUGAAUUUUAGGUAACAUAUGACAUAAAGAGGAGAAGCCUUGAAUCAAUACGGAAGGAAGCAUCUUGCUAACUAAAAGUUAUUCAAGUUUUGAAGAACCAUUAUGGAAAGAACCACCUAAAAGUACCACUUCCCAUAUGACAAGCAACAGUAAACAUGAAAAAAUGAUGGUUCUUUGUGCUAUUCAAAAUUAAAGAAAUGCUCUCUCUCCCAUUUUUACAGGUUUGGGCGGCGCUUCGCAGUACUCCUCUCACUCACUGUCAUAAUGUUGUUUGGCAUGGGAGAAGCCCUCUCACCAAACAUCUACGUGUUCUUGGUCUUUAAAUUUUUCUGUGGGACAUCUGGAGGUGUGAUGAUAAUGAACAUCUCUGUGUUGGGUAGGUACACACAGUCUGUGACUAAGGAUGUAUGGUAUAAGGACUGGAUAAUGACAGCAACAGUUAGUGCUUAUUCUAUCAAUAUUGACCUAAAACACAGCUAUGUGGAGCAAACUCACCCAGGUAGGAUCGCUAUAGCUGAAAGAACCUCUUAUUUUCAGAUAUCAAAUCUCUCUGGGAUUUGGGACCCUGAGAAACAUUCAAGAAUAUUGAAUUAUUUCUCUUCCAAGAUGGACUUAACAAAAUAAAAUGUAUUGUUUGUGGUUUGUGAUUUUGAUAAAGCAUCAAGUGUUGGGAUGAACCUAUAAACAUGGCUGUUAUUGGUGAGGAUCAAGGACAUGUAGGUCUGUGUUAUAGCUUGAAUAAUAAAAUAAAUAAUGUUUUUUUUUAUUGUACAGCACUGGAAUGGACGUCCCCCUCAAAGGCUGUCAUUUGCACAGCACUCAUCCUAGUAUUUUACGCUGUUGGACUGUGUUUAAUGUCUGGCAUUGCAUAUCUAAUCACUAACUGGAGGAUCCUGCAGCUAGUCUUCUCCUGCCCUGUUCUGGUUGUCUUGGUGUUCUUUUACUGGUGAGCAGCCUUCAAGUCUAUCUUAUUUUUUCUUGGUUCCAAUAAACACCAUUGAUUUCAAAGUUGUACUAUAAUCAUACUUUCUUAUUCUCAAUCUGUCUUUUUGAAGGUUUCUUCCAGAGUCAGCUCGCUGGCUUUUGAUUCAUGGCAGGAAGGAGGAGGCACAGAAAGUGCUGGAGAGGGCAGCCAGGGUGAACGGGACGAAGUUACCAUCUGAUCUGAUCGACCAGGUGAGCUACAUCAAACACACUUUAGAUUCAACGAAAGAUCAUAUUUUUCUCAUGAUGGAUAUUUUCUUUCACCUGCUUAGGUAGAUAUGAAGGUUACAACCAAGAAAAAGAACAUAUUGGACAUCUUCCGAAUACCAUACUUGAGAAACCGUACCAUCAUAAUGGGCUUCAACUGGUAAUUUCUUUUUCACUAUCGUUCAGGACACUGUCCCUCUAAGCAGCUAUAAAUAAGUAAACCAAUCUCUUCAUCUUUGACUCUAGGUUUGCAACAAGUCUCUUUUACUAUGGACUAAGCCUCAAUGUUGGAGGUUUUGGCCUGAACAUCUACAUCACUCAAUUCAUCUUUGGUAUUGUGGAAAUCCCAGCCCAUCUUGGCUCAUCUGUGCUAAUUCAGCGCUUAGGCAGAAGGAUAUGUCAGUCUGGCCUUCUGAUUUUUGGGGGUACAGCUUGUCUUGUUAUUCUAGCUAUCCCAAAAGGUAUGUGGGCAUAUAUUUGGGAGUUUUGACUUUUUCAUGUUUUCCUGACAUACAGGAUGUUUUAACCAUGCAAUGUUUUACCCUUCAGAUCUCUCCGUGGUCGUAACAGUCCUGGCCGUUCUGGGGAAAAUGGCCGCCUCUGCUUCUUUCAACACAGCCUACAUCUACACUGCAGAGUUAUACCCAACAGUUUUAAGGUACUUAGUGCCAUUCAGACUUAACCCUCACAUACCGUUCAAAUCCUGUACCCUCACUGUAUGUUCCAGGUCAAAAUUGACCCAGCCCAAGAAUUCCUCAUGUAGCAAGUAUUUUCAUCAAAGUUCUAACCCCAAACCUAUUUAUAAUGUUUAAAUGACCUCUGCUACUUCAAAAAAAUAUUGAUUAGUCCUUCCUAAAUGCUUCAUAGAACAGGGAAAGUGUAUUUUUUACGUUUUAACACCACUCGUUUUUGGUGAAAUAUAUAUUUUGGAGAAGAAUAUCUAUUUCACAGGAUAAUGUCAUGUAAUAUCAUGUAAGACAUAAAAGAAUAUAAAAGUCAUAAUGAUUUGAAUACAUUUUAUUGAACAACAAACUUCAUAUCUAACACUGUCCUCACUGCUAGUCUCUGCAUUCAAAGCAAAGGUAGGACACUUUACAUGUGUGGAGCGUGCACAUGUUUUUGCCACUGAAAUGGCCGCUCUCUCUACCCUCAUAAUGUUAUGACUCCCACCGCCUCCCUCCCAAUCAAAACAGAUUCCAAUUUGUUAUUUUGUACAUUAUAUUGCAGGAGCAGGUGCACAUGUCUUUUUCAAGGCACACUCCGACCUCCGGAUGACUUCUGAUCCCUUUGUACUCCAUAAAUGAUCACUCAUGUGUUGUUUGUUUACUAUUCCUAUAUUUUAGGACCGCCCCUGCCCCUUCAAAGAGCUCAAAGAGCAGCUUUCUGUCACAGAUGGUUCUCUUGACUGGUUAGGUCAUCUUGACCUCUGUCUAGGUGUGUCCAUGUGACUGUAUGUGUGUGUGUGUGUGUGUGUGUGUGUGUGUGUGUGUGUUUCUGUCAAGGUAAUGAUAGUUUCAUAAUGAUUUGAAUAUAUUUUUUGAACAACAAACCUUAUAUUGAACACUAUUGAUACUGCUUGUCACUUGUACCACACUAAUAGAUCUAAAAUCCAUCUAAAUAGAUACAAAUUUGACCCAUUACAGCCUCAGAGGGGAAAAGUUUUUAGCACAUAUACAAAAAUACACAUGAAAUUUUUUUUUUAAUUAAUUUCAUGUAUUUUGGGCCAAUCCAGGAAAAAGUCAUCAAUUUUAAGGCUUAAAGAAUGACGUUUAGGGUAUUUUAUACUGCUGUUAAAGGUCAAAAGGGGUCAAAUUUAACCCGAACAGUAUGUGAGGGUUAAAGAAACAAUGCAGCACUAAAACAAUACUGUGUGACACACUUUUGGAUCCACUUAGUUAGAACUAAGACUACAUUUUCAGCAAUAUGUUCAAUGUGGACAAAGGUAGAUCCAAUUUUUUUCAAAAGAUUAAAUUUUAGGGUUUGGUUUGAGAAGUGAGGAAUAGCAUACUGACAAGAGACACCUCAUUCAACAUCCAAAUGUACUUUUUCCAUCCCUCCUGUCAUGUGGGAAGGCAAGCCAAACUUUCUUUUACUCAUGAACCAAAACCAAAGAAUCCUCAUUCUUCAUUAUCUUUAAUCAGUCCUGUGUGUGUUCUUGCAGGCAUAACGGUAUGGGUGUGAACUCAAUGUGUGCUCGUGUGGCGGGCAUCCUUGCACCACUUGUCAGACUUUUAGAGGUCUUCCAUCACACCAUUCCCAUGCUGAUAUACGGCAUCAUACCACUUGCUGCUGGAGGUUUCUGUUGGCUCUUGCCUGACACUCUGAAUGUUCAACUUCAGGACCACACUGAGGAGGAGUGAGUAUGAGUUUAAAAAAUAUGCUAAAAGUAAAACAACUGCAUUGAGUGGAAUUAAUUUCUACUAAAAAUUCCUGUUCUUACUUUCAGAACACCUGUCAGUGGAUCCACAGGGGGCGAUGCUAAACAAAUUAUUGAGGAGCACAAACUUUGA